CAAGGAGGAAGAAACAGGACUCAACAGAUAGACACGCAAUCCUCGUUGUCCUGUCGAUGCGUCGUGUCGUUAUAUUCGCUGCGUUGCUACAUUCCAAUCCAGUGCCAUGAGCACUCAACAGGCCCCUGAUCGACCAGAUGUGGUUCCUGGCGCCGUGUAUCAUGAGCAACGCCAUGGCCUGGAGCCCGACUCUUACACGAGCAAGAAGCUGCAACAUGCUUCUCCCCACCACCUUCACGUGACGAACAGAAGAUUCUUCAUAGGGCCAAUUCCCGAAGGCUGGCUCCAGCAUCACAGGAAAUCAUGGUAUAAAUCAGGUAUUAAGUUCAAGAACUAUUCGUCCAAGACCGUUAGCUUCUCCGCGGACCCGGUUGUCGUGCAUUACGAGGAUGACACCCCCGAAACCGAUAACGAUCCAUCGUCUUCAGGUCCGGAGCAGGAGGACAACCAGAAUGGUUCUUGGGAAGACGAAGAGACACCGGAAGACCAGGACGACCAGGACAAUGAACCCAAUGGACAAGGAUCGUCCCGGCGCUCGGAAGAAGUGGACACUACCUCAAGACGGACCGGUAAAUCCAUGACCACGCCUACCACAGAAACAGAUGCCUCGUCUUAUAUGACUGCCCGCGAAAUUGGAGGAAGUGUAGACGGCCUGGGUGCGGAUACCAAUGCGAACACAAGCGCGAACACAGGUACGGAUACAGGCUUGGACAGGCAGGAGACGGAAGGAAUACCACCAGAACAGCCCGUCAAGAAACCCAGCUUGCGAAUGUUGCAAGUUCCCAGCACCGGUGAGACUGAUCAGUCCAGUCCCAUAGCAUCCGCAAGCGAGUCCGAGUCAACAACCGCGUUGCUAAGACACAAAUCGGGACCCAAAGAUAAAGGAAUCCAGAGGAUAAUACAGCCCACCCUUGAGCAACAGGAGCCUCAGAGUGAGGGGACCGACUUGGAAGAGAGUGUCCCCAAUGGAAAGGCCAUUGGAAAGGGGAUAAGAGGCCAGAAAAGGAUGGUCAAGUACAGUCUCGAUGACAAUAUCCUGGAUAAGCAACAACGGCUUCUUGCGAGGUUAUCCAGGACCCACGAUAGUAUCUCAGCGAAUCGACCGCGUCGACGAAAACUGCAAAACGGCGAAAUCAUCAAGGCGGAACGGAUGCUUGUUCGAGUCGAACAGACGAUGCAGAGAGACCUUCCCGAUGAUUACACCGAAAACGACAGCAUGCGAAUGGAGACACGAGUCGUAGAUAAAUGGCGAGAAUUUCUGGUGGUUUGUCGAAUGGCCGACGAAGAGUAUGCACCAUUUACACUACAGAUGUACAAGACCCGGGUCGUACCAGAGGUACAAAAAUCAGGCACGAAGAUCUCUCCUUAUUACGAGGUGUCUCUGGACAACAAGAGAACAAGGGUCAAUUUCUAUUCUUCAUUGGACAAAACUAUCGUGAUGUGGCGCCCUUCGAAACAUGGAACCAAGAUUUUCAUUGUACGCCCAAAGUCGACAGCACACGCGGUUGAAUGGUAUACCUUCAUGUGCCAGGCACUAGGCCGGGAUAGGCCAUCUUCCCUUCAGAUAACGGUUCCGGAUCUCGGCGUCUCUCUCCUCUUCAAAGAUCCUUUUGCACAAAUCGAAGCCGCCAUCAAUUCGAAAAAUAAGGAUCGACAAACAGACAGAAACCAGGCUCAUCCUGAAGAAUGUAAUGUGGCUACAGUAAUAAUACGCGGCUGUAUGGAAAUGCUUGAAAAUCGAACAGAAUGGGCAGAUGUAUUGCGCGAAUGGUCGAAGUCUGAGAAAAUGGGUCUUGCUUGGAGACGGUAUGACCGACUCGAAUGGGUACUUGGUGUCAAUGAGGAAAGGAUGUAUGGAUCAAUCGGAAUGCAGGAUACGCAUGAACUGGAGUUGCGGCCUAGACAGCACUACUCAACCACCGUCAAGCAUGAGGGCACGAAAGAGGAUGAGCCACCACCGCUGGAAGGCUUUUUGGUCCGCCUAACAUCCCAGAGGGGGGUUCAUCAGCGGUUGAACAGAAUGUUCUUCAAACGACUUUAUUUCUUCACCCAGGAUCACUAUCUUUUCUUCUGCAGGCCAGCAAAGUCAUUACCACCACCUCCCCCAAGGCUGACCUCCACCAAUGCGUCGAAUAUACCGUCAUCACAACAGAUAUUGAACGAAGCACCGCUUUGUUACGACAUUGAUCCAUUCCCAUUGCACAACGGCGAUAUCGGAUGGACCUUCAGUGGAAACAAGGAGUACCUGAAAAGGCACGACGAAGAAGCCUAUGCGCAGCUUCACAGGAACCUUCACAACAUCUGCCACUCUGACGGGUAUAUUGAUCUGUGCCGGGUACAAGAAGUACGACAAGUUCAGCGCAACAGCAGCCCCGCAGAUCCAAAUAUCGAAAGAGGGCCAGAUGUCGAGUAUAACCCGGAUGUCCGAGAUACGCACCGGGAUGAUGGUGCAACAGAUCAGUUCGACGACGACAGGACUUUUGAGAUGCUGUUAGACAAUGAUCUCAUCAUUCGCCUUCAAGCAUACAAUAAGGACACCAGAGAUGAGUGGAUAAGGCGGAUGAAUGCCUUGGUGAAAUACUGGAAAGAGCGUACUGCCUCUGAUGGAGCUGAGCUGAAAAUUGUCCGACAGAAGAACCUAGAGGCGCUUGAUAUUGAUGAAGAGGUUGAGUCGCACAUCGGGCAGUUUGCCCUGAAAUGGGAAGUCAAGAAGGCAGUGGCAUCGCCGCACCUGCAUAAUAUGUGUUCCUUAUCCCACUGUCGGACAAUCAAGAUGUCCGGACAACUUUACCGCAAGCCACGCCGGCAUGCGACAUUCAAACGGUGCAACGUCAUUCUCUCCGGUGGAAAGCUUCUCAUCUUCCGGAGUUCACUACGAAGCCGCAACGGCGUCGAAAUGGCCCACAUACACCAAGAACUAGAAACCUCUAUAGACCUCAGCGACUGCUAUAUAUACUCAGGCCUACUAACAGACAACGAUCUCUUAUAUGCAAACCAAACCUUCGACAACAGCAACCCAGGCCACCAAUCCUUACCACGUGCAUACCUCUCCCCCGACGUCUUUACGACCUGCGACGACGACACGGCAAUCACAUUCGUGAUCUGGCAACCUCUUCGAAAGAACUAUUUCCGGGCGAAGGAGUAUGGGAAGAGAGGGCGGACGAAGCAGACGCUGAAACAUGUGUCGACGCUGGGUGUCCAUGGGAGAACGAUUGUGUUUAAGACGAAGAGUCGGGUGGAGAAGGAUCGGUGGGUGUUGAGUAUUGCGUCGGAGAUUGAUAGGAUACAAGAGGAGGAGCAUGAGAAUAUUAGGAUUGUUUCGGCGGGAUAGGAUUAUUCUUUCUUGGGAUAUUUAUAUUUCUGUUCGUGUUACGAUACACACUUCAGCAUUGUUAUAAUUUGCCUGGUGCUUUAUGAUAUACCGGGUCUUACUUGAUUAAUUCACAGUUCUUAGGCAGUCUUCUGGUUCAUAUAAUGUCCUGGUACUACCAAUACCACACAGGUGAC